UCACGCAUGCACCGUGCGUAAACCCAGAACGCACACAAUCCACGCACGCACACACGCGCCCCUGUCGUCUUGGCUCCUGUUGUCCCUUUAAAAAUCCGAAACCAAGGCCAAUGAUUUAUCAAACUCCUAUUAUCAAGAAAAUGUCACGCGAAGGGCACCUUGCUCGGCACUGACGCAAACUCGACUCUUUCUCACGGAGCUAUAGAAAAGCUUUGCACUUGGUGCUUUGCACGGAUACAAGCAGUCCUCUCCCAGUCCUCUCCUCCUCUCUCUUUUUUUUUACAGCUGUUUCCAGCCUGCCAGCAGAGCUCUGCACAAAAUGGAUUUCUCUGACCAGAGCAACAUGGCCAAACAGCCGCCCAGCCAUCCCACCGGCUACAUCCCGACGCAGCAGCCUGACGGAGCUGCGGGAUUUACAGCAAACAAACCGGACAACAGUGCUGCGUGCGCCCAGCCCUCCCCUCACCAUCACCCGGCGCCUCAGCCGCCUCCCCCCUGCAACGAGGGCAAAACUUUUUGUCCCACGGAAAAUAAACAGGCAGAGCAGGACAGCAAUAAAGCGUAUGGGACGUUUAAAAAUAACCCGCCACCCGUCCCUGGAUCCAUGGCUGCAAAUUCGGCCUUUAGGAAGGAUUCCGCCGGGUCUGCCCGCGGGGGGUCUGCCCCGUACAUCGACCCGCUCCGGGCCACCACGGAGCAGAACAACACCGUGGGCAACUGGACGGCUAUGAGCCAGACCACCAUCAUACUGGGAACAGAUGGGAACACGUCUGUUCAGCCCGGCACCGUGACGGGGGCUGAAGAAGAGGACGAGGGAGGAGAUGAGAAUAAGGCCAGAGGAAACUGGUCCAAUAAACUGGAUUUUAUUCUGUCCAUGGUUGGCUAUGCGGUGGGACUGGGGAACGUGUGGAGGUUUCCUUACCUUGCCUUCCAAAAUGGUGGAGGAGCUUUUUUGAUCCCCUACCUGACUAUGUUGGGCAUUGCCGGGAUCCCAAUCUUUUUACUGGAGGUGUCUCUGGGCCAGUUUGCCAGCCAGGGGCCCGUGUCAGUGUGGAAAUGCAUCCCAGCUCUGCAAGGUUGCGGGAUUGCCAUGUUGAUAAUAUCUGUCUUGAUAGCCAUAUACUAUAAUAUUAUUAUGUGCUGGACACUGUACUACCUGUUCGCUUCGUUGAAGGGCUCACUGCCAUGGGCUAACUGUAGGAAUGAGUGGAACACGGUGGAAUGUAAGGACAAAGACAUGCUGCUGUUAGACACGUGCAUCCUGCGGGACAGAAACAUCACCUCAGUGAAGAACUCCACUUUCUGUCUGUCCGCAAACGCUGUUGGAAACCUGAGCAAACUGCUCAACAUGACUGUGGACGGAAACAAGACCUACGUCAGCCCCAGUGAGGAGUACUUCAAGUAUAACGUGUUGCACAUCUCUAAAGGAAUAGAGUAUCCAGGAGACAUCCGCUGGCCUCUAGCUGGCGCUCUGUGUCUGGCCUGGAUCAUCGUCUACCUCUCUUUAGCCAAAGGAAUCAAGUCAUCAGGAAAGGUUGUCUAUUUCACAGCCACAUUUCCCUAUGUGGUGCUGGUCAUCCUGCUGAUCAGAGGAGUGACCCUGCCUGGAGCCUUCGAUGGCAUCCUUUACUUUAUCACACCAAAGUGGGAGAAACUGUGCGACGCAAAGGUGUGGAAAGACGCAGCCACUCAGAUCUUCUUCUCUCUGUCGGCUGCUUGGGGAGGCCUCAUCACUCUGUCCUCCUACAAUAAGUUUCACAAUAACUGCUACAGGGACACUAUUAUUGUGACAUGUACAAACAGUGCCACCAGUAUAUUUGCUGGGUUUGUCAUCUUCUCGGUCAUUGGUUUCAUGGCACAUGAGCUCAAAGUGCCGAUAGAGAAGGUGGCAGAUGAAGGUCCAGGCAUUGCAUUCGUGGUGUAUCCAGAGGCUCUGACCAGACUCCCCCUCUCUCCUUUCUGGGCGAUCAUCUUCUUCCUCAUGCUCCUGACUCUUGGCCUGGAUACCAUGUUUGCCACCAUUGAAACCAUCGUAACCUCCGUGUCCGACGAGUUCCCCAAAUACUUGAGGAAACACAAACCUGUGUUCACCCUGUGCUGCUGCGCCUGCUUCUUCGUCCUGGGAUUUCCCAUGAUCACAGAGAGCGGGAUGUACAUGCUGCAGCUGGUCGACACAUUCGCAGCUUCCUACUCUCUGGUCAUCAUUGCUAUCUUCGAGCUGGUCGGGAUUUCCUACCUCUAUGGUCUGCAGAGAUUUUGCGAGGACAUUGAAAUGAUGAUUGGUUUCCAGCCAAACCGAUUCUGGAGGAUCUGCUGGGCCUUUGUGACUCCAACCAUUCUGACGGGCAUCCUAGGGCUGAGUCUGUACCAGUGGAAGGUGAUGACGUACGAGGACUACACCUACCCCAACUGGUCCAUGGUUAUGGGCUGGCUCAUGGUCACCUGCUCCGUCAUCUGGAUCCCCAUCAUGUUCUUAAUUAAGAUGUACCUCGCACCAGGCACCCUCUCUGAGCGCCUGAAACUGGUCUGCUCUCCGCAGCCCGACUGGGGUCCCUUCUUGAUGAAGCAUCGUGGAGAACGCUACAAGAACAUGAUGGACCCUCUGGGAACCAACUCGCUGGGCCUCAAACUGCCCCCCAAGGACUUCCAGCUCGGCUCCUACCAGUAGCAGCUGCCUCUGCAGCACCAGAUCCAACAAACCCGACCCCUGCAGGGGGGGUGGGGGUGGGGGCACAACGAGGAAGGAGACCUUCACCUCUUUUUCUCCUUCCUACCAUCCCAUUUUCUCCUUCCCGUUCCUUACCCUCUUUGCUUCCUGUCUUCCUCCCUGUAAUGUGGAUAUGGAAACAGGCUCCCUUUCUUUACCACUUCCUCUCCUCUCGUAUGAAGGAGUGGGUUUUCACAGGUGGAGGUCUACUCCUCCACUGCUGCUUUGUACUCGGUUAAUGGGCUAUCAUCGCCUUCCACACAUGACCACUGAUUACUCCAGAACCCUUCCCAGGGAUCUUUAUUCCAAGAGAAAAAUUGUGUCAUAAAAUGACACAGCUCAGACUGCACUUGCAAUAUUAGACUCACCGUAGCUGCUCCCUAUGGAGUCCUGUGUGUGUGUGUGUGUGUGUGUGUGUGUGUGUGUGUGUGUGUGUGUGUGUGUGUGUGUGUGUGUGAGUGACUGUGUGCGUGGUUUUGUGAGCGUGUGUGCUGUCAUCUUGGUGUGUAGAGGUAAUGAAUCAUUACGGUGGAAGCAGACACAGGAAAACAAAAAGAAAAUUGAGCGACAGAGAAACAGCGCUUCAACGAGCUCGGCGGGGAUCUGUGUUUUGUUCCAUCUCUGUACAAAUUUCCAUCUGCAAUACAAAUAAUAUCAACUGCCUCGGGAAAAAAAAAAAAAAUCAACACAGUAUGCAUUGGCAUCACAUUUUGUUCCUAUCCAGGAGUAUGUAUAUAUAUAUAUAUAUAUACAUAUAUGUAUUAUUCACACUAGCUGUUGCUCAGUCGCACUUGCUUUGUCAAAAAUAGAUUACAAAAUCAGCAAUUGCCUCCUACAUCCCAGUAGAGUAGCGAAUGCAUCCUGAUUACCACUUUGAAUAGAUACACUCUGGUCAGGAUGGAUCUGCAGUAGGAUAGAAGCUCAACCUUAUUUUUCCCUCUCUGAAUCCGAGGGACCAUUUGUGAUACCCUCUCUCUCUCUCUUUGUCUAUUUAUCAAGUCGUAUACCUGUCCUCCCUGUAUUGUGUUAGCCUAGAAUGUAAAGUAGCUAUAUUUCCAAAUGUAGGAAACACACUAGAGUAGAUUAGCCUUCCUUCAGUCGGGGAAUAACACGGCCAUUUAACCUCAACAAAUCUCCAAAACCAGACCUGAUAGUCGCCCUGUGCAUAUAUAUUUUAGACGGUGCAUUUAUCACUGUAUGUGUUGUGAACUUGUCAAGCCUUUGUGAAAACCAUCUUUACAACGUGCAUCACAUCGGUAAAGUUACUGUAUAGAAUAUAUAAAUAUAUACAGAUAUACAUCUAUUUGUAGCUUCCAGCUGAGGAGAGCUAUCUAGGCAGAGAUUGGGAGUGUGUAUGUGUGUUUUUAUGUCUCUCUGAAUCACAUGUUUGCUAGCUGUGUAUUAUAUUGUACAAAGUGUACACUUCUUCAAAAAAACAAACAAAUCUUCAACUUGUAGGCGUGUGUGUGUUGUCGCGUCCUCACAAUGUUAGGAGCAGCUGCUACGUGUGAGAUUAGAUAACGAUUAGACUAGAAGAAAAAAAAUGGCCUCCUCCUUUUCCAGGAAGUGUACUUUGUCUCUUGUUGUUUGUGGUAGAGCUCCGGAGACCUCUUUGCCAUUUUCAGACUUUUGCCUCUCGCUUCUCUGUGUGUGUCCUCAUGAAAAACAGGGUCUCAGGUAUACUCGAUUCCAUCACACUACUCCGGUAGUUGUAGGAAUAAUCGCAUUCAGUGCAUAGGAAACAAGAGAAUAGAGCCAUUCUGAAGCUUAAAAAAAAAAAAAAAACUAUAACCGGGAGCAGUCUGCAAGUGUGAUGCAAGAGGAUAAGAAACAACUUCCUGAUGAUUUCGACGCUGCAGCUCUUUGCUUUUUACAUGCUGCUGCUGCUGCUUAGAUGCUCCCUUCAUGACAAUAAAACAGGAUGCAAGAGCGAUGAGAGUAGUGUGUUUGACCAUGCAGCGGUGAGUAGCGCUAAAUCAAGAAUCAUUUUAUAAAAAGAGUUACAAGAAAAACCACGGUCAGUUAAGAUUAAUUUAAAAAAGGAUGAUCUAAAUUUGCCUUUUAUAAUGAACUUGAACUGCCUUUCCAAGCCAGUCUGUUCACUGUCAAUACACUGAUGCGGAAAAUGAAAGUCUCUCUGGUCAGCUUGCCUACACUGUUCAGUCCAUCAGAAGCCGAAAAAACGUACUGUAAUUAAGAUUGUAUUUACAUUUUGUGCUCCUGUAGAGUGAGUCAGAGGGGCGUCAAAGUCCUGUCCACGUGUAACACCACGGCAGCUUGCAGGAGAGUCUGGUGCAGCUCAGCGGGAGUCCAACUGACUUUACAGCCUCUGUAAAUGUGACAUGACAGGCAGCCAACCUUUACUCUCACAGACUGCCAACUAAUUACCUACGAAGUAACACCAUGUAUCCACUCAGAAGCAAUUAGUCUGCUCCACGGUUCCACCAGUUGGAUAAGCAUUUUCAUGUUGAUACAAAGUCCUGAUUGGCUUUUAACACCGCGGGCAUUUACUCAUUGAGCGGCUCAAGUGUUUUUAAAAGGACGCUGCAGGUGUGGAUGCAAUAACCGUCGCUCAGACGUUCUCCCUGAAUAUUUCUCUAAGCCAUGUCUUUCAUAAUCUUGACACAAAAGCGUUGCACAGAUCUGAUUUAAGAGGUUGUGCAGUUUGAAUAAUAACGUAAUCAAUCAAUGAGCACAAAAAAAGCCCCUGCUGUUAAAUAGCUAGCUUGCUCUGUGUUGCUUUUGUUAAGUCUGAAGCUCUAUUUGUUCAAACGUGAUUACAAUGUGUGUCUGUGUAUGCUUGUGUGUGUGUGUGUGUGUUUGUCUCUAUUAGUUUACUGAACUCUUCUUAACUAUGGAUCAGAUGUUUGCAUGGUCAGUCUCAGAGUCGAUCUCGAGGGAGGUCUAUAGGACUGUUUUUUGUUUUAAUGUAGGACGCCUUCAGCCGGUGUGUGGUUGCUUUUUUCUCGUUUCCAGAUCUUAGACCACCUAGUGUGAACUUGAGCUGGGUGAAACAAAUUUCCCCCAAAAAGUCAAUCCUGGGGUAACCACUCACUUUAGAGCAGGGCUGGCUGAAUUAGCAGGAUGGGAUUUGAAAUCAUGUGUUGGAUAUCGUGGACAGUAUGUAGUAAUAUACUUGAAUGAUAAUAGCCUUUUAUGCCCUGAGAUUGAUUUUAAUAACUUUCUGCAGGGCCACAGAUGAAUAGCUAUAACUUUGGUGUGUUGUGUCCUCAUGUUUCCGUUUCCUACUGGGCUUCUCUGCUUUGGUUUUGAGGAAAAGAAAAAAGGCUUCGGGUUCGGUUAAAAAACCACAUAGUUUCAUCAAAUAUGACACUGAAGAGCUUGCAUGUGCAGUUUGUGUUGCUGUAACUCAAUGUCCAUCUAUAGUAAUCCUUGUCCUUUCUGUCUCCCUCUCUCCAGUAAGAGUCCGUGCAUGUUUACUUUAGGGAGCUUUAAGUUGGACAUGAUGUUAAGAAACAAGAGGGGUUUGCUGUCGUCCUUCUUACAGACGAAGGAGAGAAAAAAAACAAAAAAAAAGCAGAAGAAGAAGAAGAAGUGUCUGUCAAUUCGCUUUGCCUGCAAGUGAACUUUGGGCAGUGAAGGUAACCAAAGAACGAGAACUUUAAGUAGGGUUGUAGUGAAAACAGAAAAACUCACUUUAGGAGAAUAAAGGAAUGUGUCAUCUGCGUAAAAGGAGGUUGUGAUACUGCCAUUCAUAUCCCAUGUAGUGUUCCUUGAUGUUCGCCAAUACGUUACACAACAUCUUCAGGUAACCAUUGGCCUUAUAGAUGUCCUCUAAUGGUAGAAUAUUGUAUGUAUCUCCAAAAUAACACCACAGAAUAGCUUAUCGUCUGUCUCAUAUGGUACCAGUAUUCCUAUUGUUAUGUCUGUCGUGUCUUUUUUGGCACUUUAUCGUCCUGACCUAUGGGUGCAUAGGUUAAAUUUCUAAUUACUUGAGUAAUGUCAUAUAUUUCUGUGUUCAAUAUGAGGUACUGCUGCCUAUGGAUAUAGAUAUGUGCCUCCAACAGCUCAUGACAUCCAUUGCUUUCGAAGUAGAGACUAGAUAUAUAUACAAAAAAAUAUCUUUUAAAUUUCGGUGUGAGAUAUAAAAAAAGAAGAUAUAUAUCAAAUAUGUGAAAUGCAUUUAUUUAUUUAUUUUCACCAUCGUCAAUCUUUGAGGCCCUACCUCAGAUUUUGUAUUUAUGUAUAGAAAUGCAAUUGGAUUAUAGUAUAUUUGCCAAUAACAAUAUAUCGCUAUUAUAUCAUGAAAUGUAUACCCUAUGAAUCAAUAAAUAAAUGUUAUUGUUUU